AUGUUAAAAAAAUUUGAAUCCAAAUCUGCUCGAGUGAAAGGUCUUUCAUUUCAUCCGACUCGUCCAUGGAUCUUAGCUUCAUUACAUAGCGGUAUUAUUCAGUUAUGGGAUUAUCGAAUGUGCGUUCUCCUAGAUAAAUUUGAUGAACAUGAUGGCCCAGUACGAGGGAUCGCUUUCCAUAACCAGCAACCAAUAUUUGUAUCUGGUGGGGAUGAUUAUAAGAUAAAGGUUUGGAAUUAUAAACAGCGUCGAUGUAUUUUCACUCUUUUGGGUCAUCUUGAUUAUAUUCGCACAACUUUUUUCCAUGAAAAUUAUCCAUGGAUAAUUAGCGCUUCAGAUGACCAAACAGUUCGCAUUUGGAAUUGGCAGAGUCGUCAUAGUAUUGCUAUUUUGACAGGUCAUAAUCAUUAUGUUAUGUGCGCGCAAUUUCAUCCAACUGAUGAUCUUGUAGCGUCAGCUUCAUUAGACCAAACCGUUCGUAUAUGGGAUAUAUCGGCAUUGCGUAAGAAGAAUGUCGCACCAGGUGGUAAAAGCGAUACGAGCAAAACCCGCAUAACCGCCGGCACUCAAGUAGAUCUCUUCGGGCAGCCUGAUGUCGUUGUUAAACAUGUUCUUGAAGGCCAUGAUAGAGGUGUGAACUGGGUAGCUUUUCAUCAUACGAUGCCACUUCUGGUAUCGGGUGCAGACGAUCGUCAAGUAAAAAUGUGGCGUUAUAAUGAAAGUAAAGCUUGGGAAGUGGAUUCAUGUCGUGGACAUUAUAAUAAUGUUUCAUCUGUAUUAUUUCAUCCAAAGGCAGAAUUGAUUCUAAGUAACUCAGAAGAUAAAAGCAUACGAGUUUGGGAUAUGCAAAAGCGAACUUGUUUGCAUACUUUCAGACAUGAUAAUGAUCGAUUCUGGGUAUUGGCUUCGCAUCCAUCAUUGAAUAUGUUCGCAGCUGGACAUGAUAAUGGCAUGAUUGUCUUCAAAAUCGAAAGAGAACGUCCAGCUUUUAAUGUUCAUGAAAAUCUUGUAUUUUAUGUUAAGGACAGACAAUUGCGACGAUUAGAUCUUACAAAUAACAAGGAUGUUGCUCUCAUUCAAUUACGAGGCAAUAAGCUUACCCAACCUUAUUAUUCAUUGCAUUAUAAUCCGGCAGAAAAUGCAUUCCUUCUUGUUACUCGUGCAACUUUAGCGGAAAAUAGUACAUAUGAUAUGUACAAGGUUUCUAAGGAUGCUCACGAGAAUAUUUCUAGUGAUCCGCCUGAGGCUAAACGAUCUCCUGGUGUUGCUGCUAUAUGGGUAGCACGGAAUCGAUUCGCUGUUCUUGAUAAAAAUCAACAGAUUACGAUUCGUGAUCUUUCUAAUAGAGAGAAUAAAAAAAUCGAAUACAAUGCACCAGUCGAGGACAUUUUUUAUGCUGGAACAGGAUUUUUGCUUUUGAAAGAUAAAGAAAGUCUACAGUUAUUCGAUGUGCAACAGAAGCGUGUUUUGGCAGUUGCCAAAGUUCCUCGAGUUAAAUAUAUUGUUUGGUCAAAAAAUAUGGAAUUCGCAGCUUUGCUUUCGAAGCAUUCAUUAACGGUGAUUAAUCGAAAGCUUGAGAUAAUGUGCUCAAUACAAGAAUCAACUCGAGUAAAAAGUGGGACCUGGGAAAACAAUGGAGUUUUUAUAUAUACGACCAGCAAUCAUAUAAAAUACGCUCUUACAACAGGAGAUUUUGGUAUUAUUCGUACACUAGAUGUGCCAGUGUACCUACUUGCUGUACGUGGAGAUCGACUUUAUUGUCUUAAUCGCGAAGCUGCGCCUAUCGAACUUCCAAUCGAUCCAACUGAAUACUGUUUCAAGUUGGCGCUGAUCAACAGGCGCUAUGAUGAAGUACUGAAUACGGUUCGUUCAGCAAAUCUUGUUGGUCAGUCCAUAAUUGCGUAUUUGCAAAAGAAAGGUUAUCCAGAAAUAGCACUCCAUUUUGUAAAAGACGAGAAGACGAGAUUUGGCUUAGCGUUGGAGUGCGGUAAUCUUGAAGUUGCAUUAGAGGCAGCAAAAGUAUUAGACGAUAAAUCGAUUUGGGAAGCACUUGGUACUGCCGCUUUGAUGCAAGGCAAUCAUCAGCGUACGAAAGAUUUUGAAAAAUUGGCAUUUUUAUACCUAAUAACUGGUAAUAUGGAGAAAUUGCAAAAAAUGAUGAAAAUAGCUCAAAUAAGAAAGGAUAUUAAUGGUCAUUAUCAAACAGCACUUUAUCUUGGAGAUGUGGGUGAACGCGUCAAAGUAUUGAAAGAAGUUGGUCAGAUAUCGUUGGCAUAUUUGACUGCAGCUACUCACGGUAUGGAAGAGGAAGCGAAUGAAUUGCGAGAAGAUUUGAUCAAGAGAGACCAAAAUGUUCCUCCAGUUGACCCCAAUGCUCGCCUGCUUGUUCCACCUCCUCCAAUUCGCCAGAUGGAUGAGAACUGGCCUCUUUUGACUGUAACACGCAUGCCACUUUCUUCUCAACUAAUUGGAAACAUUCCACUCCAUGGGAUUGCAGCAAAUAAAAGUCAUGUCGCGACAGCAUUUUCUGGAAAGGAUAUUGAUAUUGACGUAGGAGAGGCGUGGGGUGGAGAUGAUCUUAUGCUUGAUGAAGAUGGAAAUCUAGAUGUUGAUGAAAAUGAAAUAAAUGGCACUAAUGAAGAAGGCAAUAAAGAAGGAGGAUGGGAUAUUGAUGAUGAUCUUGGGUUGCCACCUGAUGUUGAAGCUCGAUUUGGAGAUGAUGAAUUUUACGCACCACCAACUCGUGGACAGCCACCUUCAUUUUACUGGCCUAAUUCUUCGAGGUUAGUGGCUGAUCAUAUUGCUGCUGGUGCAUUUGAUAGUGCUACUCGUUUAUUGCGCAGUCAGCUUGGAAUUGUAAAAGUAGAACCAUUUAAGCAACAUUUUCUCAGUGCUUAUGCUAGGUCGCGUGUGGCUUUCGAGGGCAUACCAAGUGCUGGCGUUGUUCUUUCAUAUCCUCUUCGAAAUUGGCAAGAAAAUGUUGGCAAAAGCGGAUUACCAGCAGUCGGUAUAAAACUGAAGGAUUUGGCCGAACGUCUACAAAUAUGUUAUCAGCUCACCACAAGUGGCAAAUUCAAUGAUGCUAUUGAUAAAUUAAGACAUUUAUUGCUUACUGUGCCAUUACUAGUGGUGAAUUCGAAACAAGAGGUUACUGACGCACAACAGCUCAUUGAAAUAUGUCGCGAAUACCUUGUGGGAUUACUAAUGGAAUCAGCUAGGAAGCAGGUUAAUACGGACAGCAUUGACGGUGCGAAACGAAGUGCUGAAAUGGCUGCAUACUUCACUCAUUGCCAACUUCAUCCUAGCCAUCAAAUCCUGACGCUGCGAACAGCAAUCAAACUUUUUUUCAAGUUGAAGCAAAUGAAGACUUGUGCUACGUUGUGCAAGAGGCUUUUGGAGCUUGGUCCAAGUUCUGAUGUUGCUGCUCAAAUUCGAAAAGUUCUCUCAGCUGCUGAAAAAAGUCCCACCAAUGCAUAUGAGCUGUUAUACGAUGAAUAUAAUCCAUUUGUCAUAUGCGCAAAGAAAUUUUCUCCUUUAUAUCGCGGCAUGCCACAAGUCAAAUGUCCAUUUUGUGGGGCUUCGUACUCACCCGAGUUUAUUAAAGAUAUAUGUGACGUUUGUGGAGUUGCAGAAAUUGGUUUUGAUGCUAUUGGACUUCGCAUUAGUAGUGUACAAGGCAAUAAAUAA